GGAAAUCGUGGAAUCACGCUUUCUCCAUUUUCCUCUCUGUAAGAGAAGCGGUUGGAAAUUAGAGCUCUUUGUUUUUUCUCUGCUUUUUUUCUCGUGUCCAGUCGGUGCAUUCAGAUCAUCUCCUUAAUUGGAAUCGGUGAUGGAGAAUUCGAAGACGGAGAAGAGCUGUAUAGACGGCGGAGGAGACGAUAACGAGGAAGAAGAACGGAAGGUGGAGGAGUUCUUCGCGCUGAUCAGGAGUUUCCGAGAAGCGCGGAACAGAAGAAGAGACGAAUUGAGAGAGAUGGAGGAGAUGAAGAAAGAAAAGAAGAAAAUGAAGAUGUCAGUGGAAGAGAAACCGAGCUGGAUCCCGGCGUUCCGCAGGGAAGAUUUCAUGCAGGAGAUCAAGUUUCCAACACCGCCGAUGAUCUUUCCUGGUCCUUGCAACGGUAAGGACAAGAAAAAACAACCAGAAGACGGUUUGGAUCUCAAUCUUAGUCUCUAGCUUGUACCUUUGGAAGUUUUUUUUUGGAUUAAGGUACUACAAUAAUCAAUGUCAAUAGAAACUAUAUUUUCUGUUUCUGAUAUGUUUAAAAUUUUCUGUCUUUUUUUCUUUAACAUCGAGGAGGAUUAAUUGUGUGAAGGAAACAGGAAAUAGAGAUGUUUUUUUGUGUUGUUUUCAUAAUAAUGCAGAGAUAUUUAUGAGCACAAAGAAUAAUUGAGCAACAGUUUGCACCUAUCUAUUUCUCUGGGUGGCAUUCAGUUUCCAGGCCCUCUCACAGUGGUCCCAACUAUGGAUCAGCAUCACCUUUCUCUGCCUUUUGGUAUCUCUUCAUUUGUAUUGUUUUUUGUUCGUAAUAACUACGAACGGUGUGUGAACAAAGGCUAUUUGUUUACCCAAAAAAGCUCUCUAUAUUUCUGACUGAGGAUUGAGGUUGUAUUGUAUUUAUGAACUUUGAUUAUCUAACUUGUUGCAGCUGGGCUUUGCAGCCUGAUGACUAUAAGUCUCGUUGUAAAUUGUACUUUUAAUUCAGGAGUUGGUUUCGAAUCCUAUAUUAAAAUGUAAACCUAUUC